AUGGGCGACAGGUCACGAGACAGGACGGCUAGAGUAUACGUCGGAGGGCUCAAUGAUUCUAUUAAAAAGGAAGACUUAGAAGGUGAAUUCGAAAAGUACGGUAAGCUGAAUUCCGUUUGGGUGGCAUUCAAUCCACCGGGCUUUGCUUUUAUCGAAUUUAACAGUCUUACCGAUGCUGAAACGGCAUGGGUCGACCCCGUCGUGGGGGGCCCAGAGGUGGCAGAAGAGGUGGUAGCACCAGUUUCCGAGGUAGCAGGAGAGGAAGUGGUCAUAGUAGUUUCGAAAGAUAUGGAGGUAGCAGUGGAGGAGGAGGAGGAAGAAUGGAACACAGCAGCAGCAGUAGUAGUGGAGGUAGAUUUGGAUCAAGAGAUUUUGAUAGAAGGAGAGAUUCUUUUCCGAGGAAUGGUUACGGAAGUAAUGGUAGCUCAAGAGGAAGUAGUAGAGGAGGAAGUACUAGAUUCAAUAGUGAUAGAUUUAGAUCAAGAUCACCGAAUAAUGGACCACCGAGACGCAGGGACUAAAGUUCUCCAAACGAUUUCGUAG